UAGUAUUAUUAAGUACUACAUAUUAGCUUUCCCUGAAUUCAAAUCUUCUUCUCAUCUCACACCCCACUGUCACCUGUAUUCACAAAGCUCAACAAAAAUUAUAACAAUACACAAAGAAGGGAAAAGACGAAUCAGAAGACAGAGAUAUCUAUCAGGACUGAAAAAGCAAUUUAGAAAGAGAAAUCCGAAGAUGGAAGACUUAGAAGCAAAGAUAUCAGAUUCAAAACCAGAUGACUCAAGUCCUCUAAAACUCUACUUGCUCCCUUUUCUUGCUCCGGGACACAUGAUCCCACAAAUUAACCUUGCUCAAGUUUUUGCCUUUCGUGGCCACCAUGUUACUAUUCUUACCACUCCUUCCAAUGCUAAACUCAUCCCAAAACAUCUCAAUGUCCACAUCUUGAACUUCCCCUCCGAGGAAGUGGGUCUCCCUUCAGGCCUUGAGAAUAUCUCCUUGGCCAAAGACAACAACACUGCCUACAAGAUAUGGAAGGCCUCAAAGCUUCUCAAACCCGAAAUCGAAAACUUCUUAAAUCAUAACCCUCCUCACGCUUUGAUCAUAGACAUCAUGUAUACAUGGAGAUCCACACUUAACAAUAGCAUCCCCACGUUUGUUUACAGCCCCAUGCCCGUCUUCGCUCUUUGCGUUGUUGAAGCCAUCAAUCGCCAUCCUCAAACUUUGGCUUCUGAUUCUUCACUUCCUUAUGUUGUCCCUGGUGGUCUCCCCCACAAUGUCACGCUUAAUUUUAACCCCUCAUCAACUAGCUUUGAUAAUAUGGCUCGUACUUUGCUACACGCCAAGGAAAAUAACAAACAUGGUGUUAUUGUGAACACAUUUCCAGAGCUCGAAGAUGGGUACACUCAGUACUACGAGAAACUCACCCGUGUUAAAGUCUGGCACCUUGGCAUGCUCUCACUUAUGGUGGAUUAUUUCGACAAAAGAGGCAAGCCACAAGAGGAUCAGGUCGACGACGAGUGCCUCAAAUGGCUUAACACCAAGGAGUCCAACUCAGUGGUGUACAUAUGCUUUGGGAGCUUGGCCCGUCUCAACAAGGAGCAAAAUUUUGAGAUAGCACGUGGAAUCGAGGCCUCUGGGCACAAAUUCCUUUGGGUGUUGCCCAAGAACACGAAAGAUGACGACGUGAAAGAAGAAGAAUUGUUGCUGCCACAUGGUUUUGAAGAAAGGAUGAGGGAAAAGAAGAGAGGAAUGGUAGUGAGAGGGUGGGUCCCGCAAGGUCUAAUAUUGAAGCAUGAUGCCAUUGGAGGGUUCUUAACGCAUUGUGGUGCUAAUUCGGUGGUGGAGGCGAUUUGUGAAGGGGUGCCUUUGAUCACCAUGCCUAGGUUUGGUGACCAUUUUUUGUGUGAGAAGCAAGCGACUGAGGUGCUUGGGCUUGGGGUGGAGUUGGGUGUGUCUGAGUGGAGCAUGUCUCCUUAUGAUGCGAGGAAGGAGGUGGUGGGUUGGGAACGAAUUGAGAAUGCUGUGAGGAAGGUGAUGAAGGAUGAAGGAGGCUUACUCAACAAACGAGUCAAGGAAAUGAAGGAGAAAGCACAUGAAGUUGUUCAAGAGGGUGGAAACUCUUACGACAAUGUUACUACCCUUGUUCAAUCACUCAGACGGAUGAUGAAUGUUCAUGGUUGAUGUUAAUGCUUCAUUAGUUUCUUUUUUUAAUCAACUUCUGGUUUGGAACUCUAGAUUUGUUUCAUAUAAUUUCAUCAUGGUUAUUAAAGAUAAUGCUUCAUUAGUUUGUUUUUUUAAUGAACUUUUGAUUUGGAACUCGUUUCAUAUAAUUUCAUCAUCAUUAUUAAAGAUAAUGCUUCA